AUGCCCGGAACCUGGUUUCUCCCUUCCGAUUUCACCUUCACAACCGAAGGCCCGCUUCGACUAGGCAUGGUGAUCCCCCAUUGGUCUCGGCCAACUACCGUCCUUGCGGAAAUGGGCUCCGGCAACAACAGUGCCGUCACGUUACCCACAAUCAAAAUCACCGUGGAGCGCAACAGGGCUUUCAAUCGCUCCAAGUCGCGCUCCGAUAGCGUCGGAAUGUGGGCCAAGUUCGAAGGGCUCGCCUCUGUGUUGGCCAAUACGGAGACCGGCAAGAGCCGUAUCACAGACUAUAUGUAUGUAGUGACCGGGUUGCGCAUCGCGACGUCGUCGUUCACUGUCACGGAAGAAGACUCAUCAAAUUUUUCCAUCGAGGCUGAAGGAUCUGGCCCAGCUUCGGGAACGACUCCGGUCGAAGUUGGGGGCAAAAUCAAACAUCAGAGCGGGAAAACAGCAAUGAAUUCGUACGAUACGGCGCCGGGGAUCGUGUUUGCUUAUCAGCUUAACGUUAUACGAACCCGUCGCGCCGGUGUGGAAACAGAGCUCUUUUCUCACAAAAGCAGCUUCCUGACUGGUGAAGGGGGAAAGAAAGAAGAUCCAUUGGUGAUUGUGGACGCGACCAAGGAGGAGAUCGACGAGGAUUUGGAAGAAGACGUUGAGUAUGACAGCGCCGAAGUUGGUGAAGACGAGACUUGUAUUUAUCUCCUCCCAAAAUCAUGA